GGCGCCCCUGCUUGGCUACACCGGAUACCUGUUGCCAGAUGAGGCCACUCUCGACCCGCAUGUCUUCGCAAACUUCAUGCAAAAGCACCAGUGCAGCCGCGCGCUGACUACACCGUCGCUUCUGGUCACGCUUAUGGACUCUCUGUCCCAAAACUUCGCGACGAAGCUCAGCAGCAUGCGCACCUGGAUGAUGUGUGGCGAGGUCCUUCCGAUGAAAGUGGCGAACCGCUUCCGCGAGACGCUACCCAGGUGCAAGCUGAUCAAUGACUACUCCACGUGGGAGAGUGGAGACAUCGGCUAUGCACUCGUGGCACCAGCGGGGAGGUACGAGCCCAGCCAGGUUUUCGCUGUUGGAUGCCAGGACCUUGCCUGUGGCGUGAGCGCUUGCAUCAUCGAUCCUGAGACGAAGAAGACUAUGCCUCGGGGGUUGGUCGGGGAGCUCUACGUCGGAGGGCCGGUGCUGUCCUUCGGCUACCAGGGUCAGAUCGAGGCUACAGCGGCCAAGUUCUCUGAGGGUGCGAAUGGAGACAUGGUGGCCCUAAGCCAAGGCAAGUGGAGAUGGUACAAGACAGGCGACGCAGCGCGCUUCGUUGGGGAUCCACCGGUGCUGGAAAUCCGGGGAAGGAUUGACAGCACUGUGAAGAUUCGUGGGUUCAAGGUUGGUAUCCCCGUAGUGGAGGCAGCCAUUGCCCAGGUGCCGGGUGUAGCACUUUGUGCCGUGGUGCCCGUUUACGAGACGCCGACUGCUGUUGACAGCCUCCUUUGCUUCGUGAAGGCCGAGGAGGGUAUGGUAUACGAUGAGCUGGUGCAGAAGAUCAAGAGGGAGGCUGUGAAAGAGCUGCCGCGCUGGAUGAU